CGCUGCUGGCGACAUGACGCACUUCCUUUUCCUGGACGCUACAAGUCGUUGCUGUGGAGAGAAAUAGUACAAAUUCUGUUUAAACAACUAUAAAAUGCCGUUAAUACAAGAUAUCGCUGUUCGUUGAUGAGAACGUUAUUAAGUGGGAAACGUUAUGGUAAUUUUAUGGUUUUUGCAUGUAAGAAAAUCACCGGCUGGUGUUCAUAUUCGCUGAUGACCCGCUCUGCAAUUCACGAACUUUCAAAACUUCUUGCAUCUUCAGAAAGGACAGAGGGCAGCAUGAGCAAGGCCAAACCAAGCAAAGAACGAAGACCCGUCCCGCUAACGCUCUCCAGGGUCACCCGCAGCUCCUCUGCCCAAGCUAGGCAGGGCGACCCAACCGUACCACAGGAUGCAUCAGCAGGCCCACAGAUGGCCCCCAAUCAGGGCGCCCCGCGUGGCAGGCAGGCCGACUCGGCCCUGGCCCAGGACCUCAGUCUAAUGAGCAUGAGUGAGCAGGAGGCCACUUUGCCCAGGAAAGGCAGACAGCUGAAGGCCACUGCUCCCCCCAGACACAGAACCCCCCCAGGCAUGAAGUCUUCCCGCAGCCCCCCUAGGCUGGCCUCCAAACCCAUCCGUACAGCCGUCCCCCGGGGCACCCUGAACUCUGUAGCCCGUUUACUGAAGCUCGGCCGAUGUCGCAACGUGCUGGUGGUGGCGGGGGCGGGAAUCAGCACGGCCAGCGGCAUCCCGGACUUCAGAACCCCGGGAACUGGGCUGUAUGCGAACCUCCAGAGGUACCACACCCCCUUCCCUGAAGCCAUCUUCAACAUAGACUUCUUCUCCAACGACCCACGGCCCUUCUUCUCCUUGGCAAAAGAACUCUACCCUGGACGCCACCGGCCAAACUACGUUCACUACUUCAUCCGCAUGCUGCACCAGAAGGGCCUGCUGCUCCGAAUGUACACGCAGAACAUCGACGGCCUGGAGCAGAUGUGUGGAAUUCCGGAGGAGAAGCUCGUGGAGGCCCACGGGAGCUUUGCUUCGGCUUCCUGUCACCUGUGCUACACACCGUUUCCAGCUGAAGAAGCCAAGAAAUUCAUCAUGACUGACCGGGUCCCUCUGUGUACAUUCUGCCAAGGGACGGUCAAACCCGAUAUCGUGUUUUUUGGGGAGGAUCUCCCCCAAAGCUACUUCCAGCAUAUCAAAGACUUUCCAAAGGCUGACCUGCUUAUCAUCAUGGGCACGUCUUUGCAGAUUGAGCCUUUUGCCAGCCUUGUGAACACAGUGAGGUCCACGGUUCCCCGCCUGCUGCUGAACCGGGACCCAGUGGGCCCCUUCCAGAGGGUUCCACUGCGCAGAGGGGACUACAUGGAGCUGGGGGACCUGCUGGACUCUGUCAGAAAGCUGGCACAGAUCCUGGGUUGGCACCAAGAUAUCUGUGACCUGAUUCAAGAUGAGGAGCAGAAGGCAGGUGGCGCUCUCUCUGCAAGCGGCUGGGGUCUCACUCUGGCAGAGGUGAAGCACCCAGGGGGCGGGGCCAGUGGCCGUAGUGGCGACGAAAGCAGCGACGACUCAGAGGCGGACAGCAAGAGCACCGAAUCUUCUGCCCCCAGCAGCUGAGCUUGGCCACCUGGCCCUGGACAGGAGAGAACAAACUCUGUGCUGUCUGAGGGUACUCGUGUGCCAAUAUUUUCUUCUUAAAAUCCAGUUCCUAUGGUGACACCGAUCAUGUGCAUUCUCUUUUUGUAUGUGUUCUCUGUAAUUGUUGCAUUUCUAAUUUGUGUUGGCACUUUGGCCAGUCAAUGCAAUUGUGAGGUUCUUAAAAUUUUUGCAAAGUCACACUGUUUUCUAUGUUGAUUUUAGUCCAGAAAGGACCUAGAAUUUCCAGUCAGAAAAUGAUUGUAGUUUUUUUUUUUUUUUUAUCUGAAACGGAAAAUUAGUUGUGACUGCAGAACACAGAUAAGGAAUAAUGAGGUUACUGGCUACCAAAAAAAUUUGAUAAGUGAACACGGGCAGUUUGAAAGGUGGGAAAGUUUACGGGUUUGUGCUGCAGCCCAUUAUGGAUGAAAGGCUGCAGAACCGAGGGGCCCGAUAAGGAGGAGAGGGAGGUGGCGACAAGCGGGAGCCAACGGCAGGGCCCACCUCGGGGCGGACGGCGCUAAAUUAGCAUGGGAAGCACGGCCUCCUGAGUGUGGCAAGGCCCCGCUGUGUGUUUUCACAGGCGCUGUGACCUCGGCAGUUUGGCGGGGGGUGGGGGGUGCUGGCUAUCUCCACAAGUCUAAUAAAUGCUUCUGUCCCACAACAAAGGACUGCAAUAUCCUGCCUGGGACAGUUAACUUUGGGCAUUUUCUCUGAGAGGCGAGGCUGAGAGCUGUCAGUGUGUGUAGGGCAAUCACUUGGGUUUGGACAGAAACUGUUUUCAGAGGUUUAAUUGCAAUCUGCCAUAUUACGUGGAAUUUUAAUAUUUUUUUUGUGCUGGACUUAAUGUAGGUGCGUAUUUGUAUUUUAUUUUUAUGUAAAAGUAAAUAACUUGACUGUUUAAUAAAAAUUGCUUUUAAACUAGA